GCUUGCGCGGGAUUUCAUCUAGUUCUGAAUAUAUAUUGACAAGAUGUCGACUACGAUAGUUGUUCAGCAACCAUCAGUUAUUCCAGAUAAUAGGCUGAUGGUGACUACUAUUGAAGGCCACAGACAGUGGAGCACUGGCCUAUUUGACUGCUUCUCUGACAUUAAAACGUGCAUCAUUGGAUACUUCUGCCUUCCUUGUACCUUAUGUAACUUGGCCUCUAGAACUGGAGAGUGUUGCUGUAUGCCUUACUUUGUUUCAGGAGGAACAGUUGUUAUGAGAAGCAGGAUCAGAACCAUUGGGGGCAUCCAGGGUUCCGCUUGUAAUGACUGUAUGGUACUGUCUUGUUGUGUCCCUUGUGCAGUGUGCCAGAUGCAGAGAGAACUCAACAAUAUGGGAGUUCCAUAAGGACAGCAUCUCCAAAGAUUUUAGAAUUAAAUUAUUUUUUGUAAAGAAAGUUUUUUUUCUCUUUGUUUUCUACAGCUCCUAUGCUUUAUCAAGCGGACAUUAAUUCCUCUUUAUCCACUUGGUGUAUUUAAACGUAAAAAAUGAAUAUUAUUUCUGUAUUUUUUUUAAAUAUAAUUUUGGAAUAAAAGGAUUAAACGCUUUAUCGUAAA